AUGAAAAAGUGGUCAGCAUCUGCUUAUGCAUUCUUCCAUCCUGUUCCUGCUAUUGAGUAUCACCAUGAUCGCAAAUGCCACAUCUUCACUUGUGCAGCAAAAGGAUGUAAGCAUGUUGUUGCUCAGUACCUUGACACAAUGGACAAAGAAUCAACAGGUAACAUGUGUGCUGGGGUCCAGAUGUCCUUGAUAUGGCUGACAAUGCUAAGAAUCACAAUGGUGCAUGGAAGAAUGAAGAUGUUUGAGUGGUUAAAGGGUAAAGGGGCAGUGAUGUAUUCACACUGUUCACACACCAAAACUGAGACAUGCCUGCACCCAUUCAACAUUGUCAAGGAUCAUAGGUUCCUCUGCUUAAUGAAAACAGGCCAUCCCAGCUACUACCUUCCUCAUCCUACUACGGUAUCCUGUGAUGUCAAAAUAGAAUAUGAUGGGGAACUUAGCUUUGCAACUGAUGCAUGGACAUUGCCAAACUAUCAAGCAUUCGUGGCCUUUACUGUCCAUUUCAUUCACAAUGACUUUAUGGAGAUUUCAAAGGUACAUGGUACUCACCUGCAGUGGAUAUUGAUUCAAGCUAACUCUUCUUUCAGUUACAUUCAGGUGAAAAUCUGGCAGAGGCAUUUGAACAGGUUUUAA